UAUCCACAAAACCUUCACAGUUUAACAAAGCUACAAAGCCCAAAACUCCAACAUAUACAAAAUAUAUAUAGUUCCCCAUACAGUUAAAGAGAUAACUAUGGAGGCCAUAUGCUGUCCCUCCUCAUCUGCUCCUCUGAGAAGCCAGAAUAUCCAGAAGCUAAGAUCAAAUCUACCACAGCUUUUCCCCAAGAAAGGAGCCAAGCUAACACAUACUUUAGCUUCUUAUCCUCGUCUACGAGCUGCGGCUCUCGGCGACGGUCUUAUCCUCGCGGCCACCAACUCUCCGGCCGCGGGGGGCGACGUCUCGGUGUUGAUCCCAAUCAGUGUAGUGUUGUUACUGGUCUAUUGGAUCGCCAAUUUCGUGGUGCCAGAAAUGAUAAUGAAGGACCUGCAACAAGGAACAGCAGAAGGGGACGAAGCUGAAUCUGCAAACAAGUAAAAGCUGAAGAAAAGAUGAAAUUUUUAGCAAAAACCAACGAGAAAUGUUAUGAACAGAGGAAACAAAAGGCCUACAAAUGGAUGACCCCUUUUUUUUUCAUUAAAUGCAAUAAUAAUCACUCUUGUGGCAAUGAUAAUUUUUUUUUAUGAAGAUAUUCAGUGACAUGAAAAAGCAAAUUAUGGCCUCAUUCAA